GGAGAGGGGGAGACGGCUUCAGCAGAGGGGGCAUUCCUACAGCGCCUCCUUCACAACCGCAAUCAGACAACCAGAUUUGAAUGCUCAUAACGACAUACUGUAGGAUAAUAGUCAGCGUUUUUUUACUUCAAUGUACUGUAUAUUUUUAUCUUCAAUGUUAAGCCGAGCAUAUCUUCCAAAGAAGUGGUCUGUAUCGAUUUCGUACAUUUUUAUUGUCUUUAUCCGUGUUGUUUUGAUAAGCCUCGCCUGUGGAUGAUGAUUUGACACUUCUAUUACUUUUUAUGUGAGGGGAGAGUAAAAAGCACAAAUGGGCGUCAUUUUCUGAAAUUCACAGAGUGGAGAGAAAAACCGAGUUUGAGAGAGAGGAGACAUCCGUUUGAUAAGUGACAGUGAAGAAGGCGGACAUUGUUAUCCUCCACACACCACGCAAUAGGACAAGCAUGAGUCUGGAUUCAUAUUUUUUGAGUGACUUCAAAGCCUUAUGGUGUGAUUGUUUUUCUAUGGUGAAUUUCAAAUAACUGCCUCUCAUAGGUUCAUAAUCAAAAGGAAUGAAUGUUAUGCCAUGAACAAAUCCUUCAAACAGAGGGAAUACAACAUUUACUCGGACAACGAACGCAGAUGCUCUGCAGCAGGUCUUUUCUGAAAAGACGUGAAGAUCUCAGUGAAAGAACAUUGUCAUAUCUUUGUCCAAGGUUUUGCGAUAUAGGAUUACGAGCCAGCUACAAUAAAAACGAAAUAACGGAUUGAAGCAGCAUGAAAACCUCACCCUGCCGACGGUAACCAAGGAAAAGAAAGGGGAAACAGGACAGACAGUAAUGCAUACUUGUUUCAUAAAGGCCUCUAAUCACAGAUUAUCAUGUGAGAUUUGAGAGUGAUUGAAUGACAUUUGAUAGAACAAAUAUUGCCAUUGUUGCUUGGUUUUGUUAUAGCAAUAGCGACCUUGUUCAGGGCAUUUUAUAGCUCAUAGAAAAACGUCAAUUUGAUCAUGUGAAACAUGUGCCCUGUUCCCAUUAUCCAUAGGCAAAGCCAAGAAUUGCUGUUGGCCUACAUUUGUUUCAACGGUGGGAAAGAGACAGUUGAUAGUCACAAUUUAGGGCAGACUAAAAAGCUUGCUUUUCAUGCCCCAUUGCAGAGCAUCCCAGGAAUUAGAGGCUACAGUUAUUUUACCCUCAACUGCCUGUAACCUGUAAUCAGGAAAGUAAUUUUUCUCAGGUUAUUGUAUUACAAUCAGUUAAAACAAUAUGGGGAGUGACAGUGAGAUUUACAACAGAGAGUUGUCAAAGAUGUCUGACGAGGAUUUACUCGCCUGCUCUAAAGAAGAACUUGUGAGGCGACUGCGUAAAGAGGAGUCUGAAAAGAUCUCUGCUCUUAUCCAGCGUGGACGGCUGAUAAAAGAAGUCAACAAACAAUUACAAGGCCACCUGCUUGAGAUCAGGGAGCUAAAAACCAUCAACCAGCGUCUCCAGGAAGAAAACACAGAACUGCGCGACUUGUGCUGUUUUCUUGACGAUGACCGACUAAAGGUGAAUAAACUGGCCCGGGAAUGGCAGCUGUUCGGUCACCACGCAGCCAAAGUGAUGCGUGAGGAUCUGGGCGGCUACUUGAAAAAACUGUCCGACCUAGAGCGCAUGCAAGACGGAUUAGUGAAGGAGAAUCUGGACCUGAAAGAGCUCUGUCUGGUCCUGGAGGAGGAGUGUGUCAGCAGGAGUGACUCCAGUCCCGGUGGAUCCACUGAGCUCAACCUGCCGUGCAUGGUGUCCCGAGACCUGGGGGAUGGAAGUUCAAGCACUGGGAGCGUUGGUAGUCCGGACCAGCUCCACCUGGUUUGCUCACCUGAUGACUGAAGAUGGAACAGAGCUGGAUACUUUCACUGAUUAGUGAAAAAGCACGAUACAGCGAAAUAUGGGUCGAGGAAAUAUGUUGACAUUGUAGGAAUAUAAUUGUUUACAGCAUUCAUUGCUAGAACACGAACUUUGUUGGGAUUCUUUUAAGAAGAUAGCAUAUUACACGAAAUACAGCAACAUCUCCAAAAUGGCAGCCAGUCAGUUGUGCCUUCAGCACCUGCUGCUGUCCUAACGAAAACUUGAAAAAGAAUCCUGAAGAGAAAAUAAAAAUGCUUUUUCCUGGAAAGAUGACAGCCCUACAGAGACAUUAGACACUAAAGAUCAAGAUUUAUUGGAAUUAUUAUCUCAAUUUGUAUUUAUUUUUUUGACCAAUCUUGUCAGAGGUUUUCCUCUUUUCAGUGAUUGAGACUGUAUAUGGUUAACAUUAGAAGGUGUUGUUGGAAGGAGGUUGAGUUAGGAUGUUAUCUCAUGCACUGGACUGUCCUGGCACCGUAUUGCACUGGACAAAGCUACCAUGGGAUCCCUGUAGAUUCAUAUCUCAACACAGAUUUGAGCCAUACUAGUACAUGAUAUCCAAAACCAUUGAAAAAUUUGAAGGGUGAUUUUUUUUUGUGAGAGACCUUUAUAUAACAUUUAAAUCAUGUAGAUUAUGCAUUCAGUCCCUCAGGUCAGGAUUGGAGUGCUGUGUGUAUGAAAUCACAAACUAACAAUGAAAUUGUGUAUUAUCAGCGCUGUCUUACAUUUACAUUUACAUUUAAGUCAUUUAGCAGACGCUCUUAUCCAGAGCGACUUACAAAUUGGUGCUUUCACCUUAUGACAUCCAGUGGAACAGCCACUUUACAAUAGUGCAUCUAGGUCUUUUAAGGGGGGGGGGGAGGGGGAGAAGGAUUACUUUAUCCUAUCCUAGGUAUUCCUUAAAGAGGUGGGGUUUCAGGUGUCUCCGGAAGGUGG